AUGAGUUUACACUUCGCUGUUUCUCAGUUUUUUGAGGUAAGUAUAAGAACAAAUUCAGUAGUUUUUAAUUCUAAGAUUAACAUUAAGAAACGUUUCCUAACAGUGAAUUAUACAUAGUGCUAGACAGCUCGUCUUACAGGAAAAGUACUCUGCCUGCCCCGCUCAGAAUUAGCUUAAAAUUUUUAUAUAAAUUCCUUAUACUACCAAUAUUACUCAUAAAAAAUUUUAACUCGCGCUUUUGAGUUUUAAAUGUUAAAUAUUUGAAUUUCUCGCCAAUUUGAAAAAGUUGGCAUUGUGUUUCAAGCAGUUUUUUUCACUUUCCGGACAAGCUAUGUUUACAAAUUUAAAAAAGUAGGUUCAUUUAAAGGUAUUCUACUAGUAUAUCAAAGAAAAAUAAUUGAAAGUCAAAAAAUGACAAAGUUUUAAGCUUGAAACACAAUGCCAAUUUGGCGGGAAAUUAAAAACGUAAUGUUUUAAUCUGGAUUUUCUCAAGAUUUCCUGGAAAGCGUGAUUUACUGCUUUUCUGAAGGUCUUACAUUUACAUCAACCUUCUGUAAAAACAAGUUUGAAGUCAACCAUAGCGGGGUAGGUCAGGCACUUUCCUUGUUAUUUGGAAGAACAGGGAAGUGUUGUAGAAAAAUAGAAGACUGGCUAAAGCCGAGGCUAAGCCAAUUUUUUAGUAAUAAUAAUAUUUCAGUGGGAAACCCGAGUAGUGACUCGUUGGCCAUUAUUGUUUAUCUCUAUACCUCUACUGUUUACAAUGACAAUUGUAUCAUUAACCAUUUACGAUCCCAAACUCAAUACUUCAAAACAAAGCUUGGAAAUGUUUCUGCCUGAUCAAAUGGAGUCGUUGCUGCAUUUACAUGAGGUAACUAUUAACUAUAGUGAAAAUGAGUUCUUUCGAAUGUAUUGGCUAGGCUAAAAACGAUCUGAACUGACCUAAAAAACAGCCGGCUAGGUCUAUUUUUGAAGCUGAGGUUGGUAGUUUCCGGGUUUAGGCUUGGAUUGAUAAGUAAAGAGAGUCAAAGGGUGGGUCAGGCAUAAUCAAGGAAUAUUAAUGCCAAAUUUCAGUUGAUGAACCUAUUUCCACCUCGAAAUGCCCUCAGGGACAGUUAUUCUUUAUUCGGAUCGAAAUUCGCUUAUGUCAUUUAUGAAGAUACCUCAGAAGAUGGGAAUAUAUUGACCGACAGUAAAAUGAAACACAUCGCUGAACUUCAAAAAACUGUUCAGAAUGUAGUCACGGUAAGGUAGGGUAAGGGGGUACCUUUGAUCAGUAAGACUUUUAUAACGUAUUUUACAUUAUUUGUUUGUCAUUACAUAAUGAUAUCUUAAUGAACAAUAUAGUUGUACUUACUAUUAGUAGCAAUAAGACUGCAUUACAGUCUGAGUAUACAUAGUAAUAGGAUUAGAAAGACAAGACUAUGGCUAUGGCUAUGGCUAUGGCUAUGGCUAUGGCUAUGGCUAUGGCUAUGGCUAUGGCUAUGGCUAUGGCUAUGGCUAUGGCUAUGGCUAUGGCUAUGGCUAUGGCUAUGGCUAUGGCUAUGGCUAUGGCUAUGGCUAUGGCUAUGGCUAUGGCUAUGGCUAUGGCUAUGGCUAUGGCUAUGGCUAUGGCUAUGGCUAUGGUUAUGGCUAUGACUAUGGCUAUGGCCAAGGCUAAAAACCAAGGGCAGAUGUUUUACUUCCUAUAACAAAAAUUGAUCACUUUUUCAAAAAAACUGUAAAACAAUACAAUGACGUAUUUUACCAAAAACUAAUACACAUUUUACAGGAUAACUACUUAAAAUUUACUGACCUAUGUUACCGUGAAGAACAGAAUGCAUCUUGUUUGAUGCAUCCAAUUUUGUAUGCAUUGGAAGAUUCGCAGGCAUUGCUGGCUACACAAUUCUUGGCACGGUAGGUUUUUCUUCAUAAAUAAAUUUAAAAAAAAACUUCAAAAUUCAAAAAAAAAAUUUUUUUAAAGUUUUGACAGCUAUUAUGUAAACUCUGUUAAAUUAACAAUAGGAAGGAGGUGGAUCGAAGAACAGGUCUUUGAUAUCAAUAUUUUGCUGUAUCAUACCUACAAACGCUUAAACCCUUACUUUAUUAAGCUUCUUCGUCAUUUUCUAAACCUUCUCCUAUCUUUAGAAACCACGUUUCAUUUACUCCGCUCCCAUUGUCCUUUAAACGGCGCUAUGCACUUUUAUUUCCGAUAACGUCCUUUUAAAUAAGAGUGCACAACUUCGCAUAAGAGUACAUGGACUUUUGUAAAAGUACAUUUCGGACAUAAGAGUGCAAAAUCUUUAUAGUGCAAAAAGAAAAAAAACUAAAUCAAAGGUGGGUUAGAGAAACGAGAAAUAGUGUUGUUGGUUAGAGCAAUCGUUAGAGUAGGUUAAGGUUUUUUGCCCUAAGACGGUUUUAAAUGUUUUUUAUGGCAGAGGGAGUGAAAUAGGCUAGUGUAGAACUAGAGUGUAACAAAAUAUAGGCUAAGAUAGGCUAUUGUGGUAUAUAGGCUAGGGUGCAAAUAGGGUAGGAAGUACGCCAGGCUAAAACUACGGCAUACCAAGUUGGGGGAGGGCGGGGGGGGAUGGGGGAGGAGACAGAAGCUAGGUAAGAGCUAGAUAAGAUUAAUGCCUACUCUACUCUAUAUUAUUCUACCCUAUCCUUUCUACAAGUAACCCCCCUCCCUCCAUCCCUCCUCACCCUCUAGCCUUCUCUCUCCACCCUCUCAUUUCCCCGUUCUCUCUGUUCGCAGUUGCAGUUUCAUUUAGUCAGCAAACAUUCCCUUCCUCUCUCCUUCCUUCGAAUGAAACACUGUUGCACUUUUAAUGUUCUUUUAAGUCUCGAUUUGCACUCUUAUUUCCAUUGGUGUACUUUUAAAUAAGAGUGCAGAGUUGGUGUUAAAAGUGCAAGAAUCCGCGUAAAAGUACAUUGCCUCAAUUUAAAAGUACAGCCCCGAUUAAAGGGCAUAAGAAAACGAGUCGCAAUGUUUCAUAAAAAACAAACGGAGAGCCAGCCGGCUGGCUGUAACAAACCCAAACGAAACAGAAAGAGAUGUUUUUUCAAUGUUUCAAAGCGAAGAGAAUUCAGAGGCAUUUUUUUAAAACAAACAAAGUUAAAAGUAAACAAACACAAAAAAUUGGAGAAAAAUACAGUAAAGUAUGGUGCAGUAAACAUAUUUAUACAUACAGUAAGAUAUUUUUAUAGAAAACAUCUUAAGUGAUAUAUUUAGGGACGAUACCGUUAAUUUUGGUCUGAAGAAAGCCUUGGGUAAUGUUGUAAAGGGUAUAACGAACAUAUCAAACAGAAGCUUUUUUCAAAAAUAAAAUGUAUUUAAAAACAAAUUUUUGUAACUUUAUAUGGUUUUUCUUAAUUUAUAAAUUGUAGGUUUUUAAAAAAUUGUAAUAUUAAACAGGAAGACACUAACAAGAGAAAGAACGUAAAAUUUCAUAUUACUUUACUAGAGAUGAAGUCUGUUUUAUAUCAUUUUAUUGGAGAUAAAGCCUUACCUUUUUUGUUGCGAAGUGUCAAAAAGUAGCGACAAAGUGUCAAAAUUGAGCAACAAAAUAUUUUUUUUGUUUUUUUGAUAUUGUUUUAGAUUUUUUAGGUAAUUUGAUUGCAAACUUAUAUUGUUAUACCUUUGUUUUCUUAAUUUAUAACGUGUUUUUUAAUUAUAACGUUUAUGCAUUUGUUUUUUACGCGGAAUGAUCAGUAACAUCUUCUUUUUGAUUGUUUUUUUGAUUCAAACAUAUUUUUUAAUUUGAUUUUGAAAAAUCAGGCAUGGUGAACUGAUCUGUUUGGGUAAAAGUUGUCCCAACAUUUUGUUUAUAAAGUUCGAAGUCAUUUUAAAGCUUCUACUUUUAGAUAUUUACAAUAUAUUUAUUAUUUCAGCUACCCCUUCAUAAAGAUCUCAAACGCCACAAUUGACAAUGCCGUCGUAUUUGGUGGUGUUACAUUAUCAAAUAAAACGGUCGAUAAAUAUGGGAAUCGACCAAUUCUUAAAGCUCGAGCUGUUCGCUUGGUUUAUGUGUUGGCACCAGUGAAUGAGGCUGAUGAAUGGAUCAAUCAGUUCGUGAAGGCCAUGAAGAACAUUGAGUUUAAGGAUGCAAACAUUUUCUUUACAAGUUCAAAGGCAUUGCCUGAUGAAAUGCAACGGAAUGGGGAGGUAAGAUCUAUAGUUUUUGGUUGGGCGGGGUAAUUUUUGGGUUGGGCGGGGUAUUUUUAUUAAAAUGGGUGUAAAAAUUAAAUUUUUCUUUGAAAUUUAGAUAACACAAGUUUCAACAUGUUUAAAAAAUUUUUUUGGGUUGUAUAUUCCUCUCCUUAUUCUUUUACCACUUCUUCAUACAAAAUAAAAUAACCUUCUUAGCCCAGUAUGUUAUCCUGAAUAAUUUCAGUUACUAAUUCCUUGGAUGCCAUGGAUGGUAGCUAUUCUUAUUGUGUUUUGUGCUUUAAUAUGUUUUACAACCGACAGUAUCAGAUCUCAGCCUUUCAUCGGACUAUCAGCUAUGUUUAACGCUUUUUUGGCUGUCUGUGCAGCUAUAGCUACAUUAAUAUAUGUGGAGUACCCAUUUUUGCACAUGAUACUUAUUAUGCCAUUUUUAAUUAUAUGUGAGUUUGAUUUUUUUUAACUGUCACUUUGCUUAAUUUAAAAAAAAAUUUUAAAACUUUUUUAAAAAUUUUAUGAAUUUUUUUGAAAUUAAAAAAUUAAAUUUAAAGUUUUCAGCCAUUGGCGUAGACAACAUGUUUUUGAUGUUGAAAUCCUGGCGUAUAGCUUGUGAUAGUUAUAAUGGCAUGUUGAGUAAGGCUAGCCAAAGUGAUGAUGUGUUGGUGUACUCAAUAACAGAAGUGUCGGUAUCACUUAUGAUAACAUCAUUAACUGAUGGAUUUUCGUUUCUUGUUGGAAGUUUGAGCGAUUUCAUUGCCGUUAGUAAGUAUAGUAUAUUAAGCAAGCCUAGCCCCGAGCCCAGAGCUCUAGCCCAGAGCCCUAGCCCAGAGCCCUAGCCCAGAGCUCUAGCCCAGAGCCCUAGCCCAGAGCCUUAGCCCAAAGUUUUAGCCUAGAGCCUUAGCUCAGAGUUUUAGUUUAGAGCCCUGGACCAGAGCCCUGGCCCGGAGCCCUAGCCCAGAAUUUUAAGCCAGAGCCAUAGCCCGGAAUCCUAACCCAGAACUCUAUUUCAAGCCCUAGCUUUAGCCUUAGCCUAAAAAUCAUUUGCAGGAGUAUUUUGUGUCUACUGCUCACUAGCCAUCUUGUACAUGUUUCUAUUUCAAAUUACCUUACUAUCCGGCUUGAUGGUGUUACAUUGUCGACGUGAAAUAGAUCAGAGAAACUGUAUUACAUUUCUAAAGACUACAGUAAUUGAUGAAGAAGAGAAAUAUCGUCAGAUUCAUUAUAAAAAGUCGUAUGAUGCUUUUAACUCAAUGUAUGUUAACGUUCAUGAUUAUUAUGAAACUGUUGUUGACUCUAAAACCCGAAUAUGGGUUCGUAUAGCCAAAGUCUAUCAAAAAAGUUAUGUCAGAGUAAUUGGAGUGGUGUUAUACGUGGUAUACUUGGCUGUGUCGCUGAACUUUUUACUUCAACUGCAGUUGGGUAAGCCUUAUAGGGUGUUUGUAAUAUAUUUAUUUAGUAGCUAAUAUAAUAUAAUAUUUAUUUUCAGGUCUAGACCUAAAACUCCUAACCCCAGACAACUCUUAUGCAGCCCUAGAAAUUCGAGCUCAAGAACGUCUAUUCUCAGACUACGGUGCCUUCUGUUUUGCUGUGGUCAAGACCAAAAACCUUCAACUCUUCAAGAAACAAGAGCGCCAAAAACUGAUUCGCUUGUACAAAAUCUUAAGUGGGGGUGGAUUGGUUUCUCCCGGCGAAUUUUGGCUAGAACCUUUUGCAAAUUUUACUGAAAACGAGGAUUUUCAAAAUGAAAAAUAUUUUAUGAAAUCGGUGGUACGGUUUUUGGAGGAUGAAAGGUACUCAAAGUAUCGUGCUGACAUCAAGUUUGGGAAGAAUGGCACAAUCGAGGCCAUUAAGAUGAUCAUGAGGAUAAGGAAGUUGGGGGCGGAGAAUGAUCCACCCAGGGCUCAAUGGAUGAGAAGAUUGUUUAAGAAUUCGAAUUAUGAUGGAUUUGUGUAUGAUACUAGGUGGGUUGCUUAAAAAUUUGAAAAAGGUAUAGAGGAAUUUGAUUAAAAAACAAGGCGCAAAGAAAGGGGGGGGAGAGCUGGGUGAUAAAAAUUAAAACGGCAAGAGGCAAAGUUAAUGCUUUAGCACGCACUACCCUACCUGCUUUUGCCCUGCCUUUGUCUUGCCUUUGCCCUGUCUUUGUCCUGUUUUCGCCCUGCCUUUUUCCUGCCUUUGUCCUGCCUUUUGCCCUGCCUUUGCCAUGCCUUUGCUCUGCCUUUGCUCUGCUAUGUUCCACUUUAUUACUGUCGUUUUUCUGCUUCCUAUUUCUGCUUUUCCAAAAUAAACACAAAAUUAUAUUACCCAUAUCCCAAUUCCAGCUUCCUCCUAGUAGACCAACUAACCAUCACCCUACAAAAUGUCAUAGCUAAUGUUGCGAUAGCUGUGAUAGUGAUGUUGACCGUGGCCAUCUUACUCAUUCCAAGGCCAGUAUCAGCACUAGCAAUAGCUUUUUGUAUUAUAUCAAUUAAUAUUGGCGUUGUUGGAGCCUUAUCAGCUGUAGGGACGAGAUUGGACAUUAUCUCUAUGAUUACAAUUGUUAUGAGUAUUGGGUUUUCUGUAGAUUAUGCUACACACAUUACAUUUCAUUAUCUGAUCUCUCAAAAUAAUCGACUGGUCGUAAGUUUUUUUUGGGGGUUGGGGUAGAUUUUUGGCAAAAAAAAUAUUUAAAAUAAGGGAGUUUAGGGACUUUAAAGUGAUGUUUAAGUACAUAGUGAUAACAAAAAUACUAAAAUUGUUUUGCCAUUAGUACUACUGUAUCAUAUACAUACUAAUAUCUUUUUACAUCAUUAAUUUAAAUUAAUUGACCGGUCGAUCUUUAUAAGCCGUUUUUGCAACAUAUGCCCUAAGAUUCGAUGUUUUUUAACUUUAAAGUGGUGCAAUGGUACAAACUAGUACCAAUAACACUAAGGCCCUCUAACAUAUAAAUUUAUAUGUAAAUAGCUUUCCAUCGACUAUAAUAUCAAGCCACAAUUUCAAGUCUAACUUUUCAGCAAGCUCUAGAAGUAGUGGCCUACCCAAUCAUUCAAGCGGCUGCAUCAACGUUAGUUGGUGUUGCCAUUCUCGGUGUGGUGCCCUCUUAUAUGAUACGAACAUUCGUUCUUACUGUGGUAUUUGUAGUUCUUAUUGGAUUGGCACAUGCCAUCUUCUUUUUACCAUUACUGCUGGAUACUGUGGUUCCUGAGACUGAAUUCAUUCGGCCAUACGAAGCCGAGAAGCCGGUUUUUGAAAUGGAAAAACCGGUGAACACUGUGCAGUUCAGGAUUGUAGGUUUUUUAAAAUAACAUUUUUAAGUUUAAAACUAUAGCACAUGUUUUAAAUUUUGUGUUCACAGCUUCGGCUGAUUUAUUUAUCCUUCUGAACUUAAGACGUUAAGCCUUAGGCUUCGAUGAAAGGUCUUAGGUUUUGAAUAGACAACAUUAGGCUUCUUAACAGAGCUUUAGACGUUUUUAUAUAUUGUUUGACAAUUUAAAAAAAUUUCUAGUAAAACGCUACAAUAGAUCCUUCGUUUAAAGCCUCCAUUGUAUUAUUAACCUUGCUUUAUAUUGUACUUGUUUCAGACCCCAACAAUAAAGCGAUUGGACUGUUAUAUCGAAGAAAAAUGGAAAUUCUGA